AUGUCUCCCAACUCGUUCUUUCCAGACGCACUCGGAUACACUAAAGUGGUCUAUCGUCGCUAUGCUUCCUUGUUCUUCAUCGCCGGCUGCGCCUCUACCGAUAAUGAAUUGAUCACUCUUGAAAUCGUGCACCGAUACGUCGAGCAGAUGGACAAAUACUACGGCAAUGUUUGCGAGCUAGACAUCAUCUUCAACUUUCAAAAAGCAUACUUCAUACUUGACGAGCUCAUCUUGGCUGGUGAGAUGCAAGAAAGUAGCAAGAAAAAUGUGCUUCGAGUCAUCAGUCAGCAAGACAGUUUGGAAGACAUGGAGGUCGAGGAGGAAGUUACUAAAAUUAUGUAA